AGAUAUAAAAGUGAUGAAUUUUUUUUACUAUUCGCUACAUGUACAAGUACAAGUACGAGUUAGAUUCACGUACUAAUAAAACGAAAUGAAAUGAUAACAAACAUUACAUAAUAUUGAUUUCAAAAUAAAAGUUCGAAUUGGCCUAAAGGAGUCACAGUAAUAUGACAAUAUGAGAUACUUGGCGCAUUUAAUUGUCACUGAGACAAGUGACGAAAUGGCACUAAAUCAAAUUCCUUGAGUCACACCAGUUGGCAUUAAGUAAGUAAAUAAAUCACAUAAAUGUCAACCAACCAUUAGAAUUAAACAAAAAAUGUAAGAUGGUAAAGAUGAAAUAAUAAGCGAGAGCGUAUAAUUAAACUAGGACCGUGUCAUUUUUUCAUGUUUCAAAGGCUACGCGGAAAAGUGCAGUUCCUACCUACUGCCGGGCUGCUUUACAUUAGCUUCACCGCCAUUUGAAAUGAACCCGUGAAACAGCGUGACGUGACUAAUGUGACAGAUUGAAAUCUAUGUGGCCAAGUUUUUACAACCGUGUUUAGCGAAAAUGCACAGAUACAAGUCAGCCAAUAAGAAUUCACAUAAGUCUCGUAAGAUGAUGAUAAUAAAACCAUCGAAAUACGAAACCACUGAGGCGAUUCAAGCUAACAGAAAAUACUGGGGAAAUGUUUUUGAUAAAUUGGAUACGCCUGCCCAAGAAGAAGAGCAAUUGCAAAAUCGAGACGACGAGAGCGCCUAUCUGGCUGAAAUAUUGCCCGAGAAACUAUACCACAAAGUUUGCAGUACAUUGGACUUACCCUUGAAAAAAAUAAUGCCCAAAGAAGAAAUCGGGGGUUUUACAGAAGAGAAGCGUCAUAGACGGAUCGUGAAGGAUCCAGUUUUAUAUCUGAGAAAAACCAUUCGUAUCGAUAGAGAGAUUGACUCCGACACUGAAGUAGAAGUUUCUCCCAGAGCAACCCAAGAUGGAGUAAAUGUUCAUUGGGAACUUCUAAAAAAGCCCGAAAGAGAGCAAGUGACCUGGCCGACGCACUACCUUCAACCGGAGCGGGAGGAAGAAAAAACACUCGUCCGAAAAGCCGACGAUCUCACAGACCGGAUUGUGCGCGAGUUUUGUGAAUAUAUGACACAAUUAGGAGGAAAUCAACAGUCGCAGUUGUUUAAGCCGAAGGCUAUUAAAGAACUUUUUCAGAUUGAAUUUGACACGCACGUGGCUCGCAGUCUUCAAGUAAUUCCAAAAGAGUUGCCAUCAGUAGAGGAAAAAAUUGCAGAAGUAACUGGGAAUCUCGAGCUGUCACAAUACGCAGUAUUGGAGAGGGAAGUGACGAGAGACAUUAAAGCGGAGCAUCGCCCUAACAUUGUGGAAGCCUUCAACCGAUCACUCCCGCAUCGCGAGCAAACACACGCGCCUCAUAAUCACACCAAGAGUAUGUGGCGGUCAGCGCGCCACGUGCCUAAAGACCUCGUCUCACUAAAAACAGUUUGGGAAGGCAUCACUAACCUCAGGAGCGUUAAAGAGUAUUGCCGCUGGAUGAUUGAUCAUCCAGAGUACAAACGUGCCCCUUACUUGAGCAGUCUAGGCAUGUUCGACUCUGCCGUGCUAGAAGCCAGGCUCACCCUGGAAUCACUACAAAGGAUGGCGUCUCCGGCGGUGGCAAUGAAUUCCCCCAGUUCUAAUGUAUCAGCACCAAUAGAACACAUCCGAAGAAGACUUUCGCAGUUGGCUGAUAUGGAAUAAAUAAGUACCUGCAAUUUUCUAAAACUUUAUGUUCCUAAAACGGAAAUAAUUUAAUGUUCCUUCUAAUUUUUGUUUUCUAAUUAUAACAAUAACCUUUGAACAAAA